GUUGGUAGAAUGCGACCGAACACAGCGUGGAAUGGUGCGAUCGCAACUCUCGGCCGUCGAGUUCCCGUGUUCGCGAAUCUUGAAGCAGAACGCUUCUCCGAGUUCCUCCUCCAACUUGACGACGACGACGAGAAAAAGCGGGGUUGGAUUGCUGCCUUUGGUGGCGGAAUUGGGUCGAUGGAUUUGGUUGCCAGUUGCAGGGAUAAGUUGGCAUGCUUUAGAAUAAAAGAGCUGAAGGAUGUUCUGACUCAACUAGGUCUCGUAAAGCAAGGAAAGAAGCAGGACCUUGUGGACAGGAUUUUGCAACUGCUUUCAGAUGAACAAGUUCCCAAGUCACAGGUUUGGGGAAAAAGAAAUUCCUUCUGGAAAGAUGAAGUGGCUAAAAUAAUCGAUGAUGCUUACAGGAGGAAGAUUCUAGUUCCUGGUGCCACAGACUUAGCAUCCAAGAGUGGUAUUGUCACAGAUUACAAUCAGGUGAAGCCUAAAGAGGAAAUUGAUGAUUAUCGUUUGGAAAUGAAGGUUCGCUGUCCCUGUGGGAACUCAUUUAGUACUGAUUCAAUUAUUCAGUGUGAGGAUCCUGGGUGUCAAGUGUGGCAGCACAUAAGUUGUAUAAUUAUACCCGAGGGAACUCUGGAGGGUCCUUCACCUGAACUUCCAACUCGUUUUUAUUGUGAAUUAUGCAGAAUCAGUAGGGCUGAUCCGUUCUGGUUGACAGUGGGGCACCCGUUGCUUCCUGUAAAGUUGACAUCUUCUGGAAUAAUUGGCGAUGGCACAAACACAUUACAAAAUGUGGAAAGGAUAUUUCAAUUGUCAAGAGCAGAUAGAGAAUUGUUCCAGAGAGCUGACUAUGAUCUCCAGGUUUGGUGUCUACUACUCAAAGAUAAGGUUCCAUUUAGGAUGCAGUGGCCGCAAUUUGCAGAGUUGAAAGUUAACGGAGUUGCAGUCCAAGUGGUUGCUAGACAAGGGUCACAGUUAUUGGGUAUAAAUGGUCGGGAUGAUGGUCCAGUGAUAACCACGUGUACCAAGGAAGGCAGUAACAAAAUUUGUUUAUCAUGGCGUGAUGCUCGAGUAUUCUGUUUUGGAAUCAGACUUGCAAAGAGGCAGUCAAUACAACAGGUUCUUAGUUUAGUGCCCAAGGAAGCAGAUGGUGAGUGCUUUGAAGACGCUCUUGCUCGUGUUUGUCGCUGCAUUGGUGGUGGAACUGCUACAGAAAAUGCUGAUAGCGAUAGUGAUUUAGAAGUGGUAGCUGAUUCUGUUACAAUCAAUCUCCGUUGUCCUAUGAGUGGUUCUCGGAUGAGGAUAGCUGGCAGGUUUAAAUCUUGUAUUCAUAUGGGGUGUUUCGACCUGGAAACAUUUGUGGAACUUAAUCAACAAUCUCGGAAGUGGCAAUGUCCUAUUUGUCUCAAAAACUAUUCCCUUGAAAACAUUAUCAUCGACCCAUAUUUCAAUCGCAUCACUUCAUUGUUGCAUAAUUGUGGAGAUGUAAAUGAAAUUGAUGUAAAACCUGAUGGUUCUUGGCGCAUUAAGAAUGAAGAAUUUAGUGAUCUAUCUAAGUGGCAUCUGCCUGAUGGUUCACUUUGUGCUGAUACAUGUGCAGAGGUGAAGCCUGACCUGGAGAAACUAAAGGAGAUUAAGCAGGAAAUUACUUCAGAGGUGCAUAGAAAUUUGAAAUUAAAGCGAAACAGACGGGGAUUUUGGGAAGUCGGUAAACCUGAUGAUAUGAGGCUUCAAACCUCUCAGAAUCAUGUCCUCAGUAAGCUUAAAGAUCAUUGUCAGAUCAUUCCUAUGAACAGUAGUGCAACCUGUAGUUAUAGAGCUGUGGAAGACCCAAGUGUCAAUCAAGAGGCAGGGCAUUUUGGUUCAUCUUUGAACAGUAUCCAUGAGCUAAAUUCUCUGGUUUUCAAUUUUGAUCCAACAUAUAAUGUUGAUAAUAGAGUUCAACCUGCACCAUCGAAUACACCAGAUGUUAUUGUCCUCAGUGAUUCUGAUGAAGAUAAUCAUACACCACUUUCUCCUGAAACCGCCCAUGACACUUGUCUGGCUGGUGGUGGUGAAAUCCCUUUUCCUAGCCAUCUUGAAGUUUCAGAAAGAAUCAUUGUAGAUGCUGAUCUUGAGAUGUACAGUGGUUUUUGUGCUGGUUUGUUUGACAAUAAUACUGAUGACUUUGACAUUCCAAGCCCUAGCUUCCAACUAUUUGGGUCAAAUGCUGAAGUACAAGAUCCUUUAGUUGAUUCACAUACUUCUCUUGACCGUGCACUAACUGAUGCCUAUGGCUUAGCAUCCAAUGGUGGUUUUGGGGACACUUCAAGAAUUCAAGAUCUUUCUGCUGGUCAUACGAGUAUUGAAAUACAUGAAAGCAUGGUUGAUAAUCCCUUGGCAUUUGCUAGUGAUGACCCAUCUCUUCAAAUUUUUCUUCCUACUCGACCAGCUGGAAUUCCUCUGCAGGAUGAGUUGAAUGACCGCAAUGAAGUGCCAAAUGAGGUCACCUCUGAUGAUUGGAUAUCGCUUACCCUUGCUAUUGGUGGAGAUGAUGGUAAAUCUGCCCCUGUUAAGAGACCAAGGUCAGAGCAGAAAUUCACACCAAAGGAGAGGAUGGAACCAUUAGAUGAAUCUGCUUCUUUACUUUUGAGCAUAAAUUAUAACAGAGUUGAUAAAGUUCAUUCAAAGAAUCAAAGGUCUGAGAAUCCAUUUUCACAUCCCCGACAGCCACGGUCUGCUAGGCCUCGAUUGUAUCUGCCAAUAUAUACUGACUCUGAUUAGUCAUCUAAUGAAGAUUCAGAUCAUGGUUUUUUUUUCUGUAGAAAAGGACUAAUAGUUGGAUCUACACCUUUUUCUGUUGAUUGGAUAAUAUCAUUCUUAUUUAUACACAAAGCAAUUACAGGCAAUAUUUAUUUUGCCAUGAGUUAGAUAAGUUCCUAUUCCUGAUCACAGUAGCAAGUGGCUUCCAAUCAUGCCAAGUUUCCUGCCUACUGAUCCUUGCGGAACUUCCUGUUUUUUCUAUCUGAAUUGCAGAACCAAUGUGGUUGCAUGCUGCAAAUUGUACAAUACGAUUCUGUGUUGACGGGAGCCUUUCUGAGUUGUAAGUCAAAUUAGUGGUUUGACUUAUAUGCUGUUAUUGAUUCUAAAUUUAGUUGAUUUUUGUGGUCCUUAAUUUUUGGUGUCUAUGAAGAAAAUGCAGCAUAAGCCUUCAGAAAUUGGUGGACAGAAAAGCCAUGUAAUUAGUGCCAUGAUAUGGUUUCCGAUGAUUGGUGUGUUUGAUUCAUGUCAGGAUUCACCUUCAUCAAAGACUUGUGCAAGGUCAUGAGGAUCAUCCCCUUCCCUUACCUGUAGUGAUUAGAUGGAUGACUGCUUCACUCACAACUUGCAGUCCUUUCACAUGUAUAUAUGUUGCUUUUAUCAUAUUCCACAUGGACUUCUAUACAUGCUUAACAUUGUUGAAAUUAGGGCCUUGCUUGCUUUCACAUCUGGGUGUCACUGCCUUAAGGAUCUUUUUCGUGAAAGACAGCUGUUUAUAUACCUUCAGAGGCAGAGCCUUUGGUUUUGAAGGUACUUCUAAACCUGAUUAGAAAGAGAAAUUUAGUGCUGCA